AUGCCUGCCCCACGUUCUCAAGCGGAACUUUCUGGUCUCGUAUCGGAACUUGCAACUCUUCCGCACACAUUUGCCGAGCUACACUCUGCCACACGAAACUCAUCUUUGGUCUCACUUCGAGAGUCAGUCCGAUCUCGUAAUUUACCAGCCUCCGUCCGCACUCUCGUGCUACGCACAGUUUCCCGAUUGCUCGGACCCUCCUCUCCGCCUGAAAACUCUUCGUGGACGGCCCUGCCUCUUUGGAAUGAAGAGACAUUGCGUUCGCUUUUCGCACUCCUUGUUGACGCACUGGACGGUGAUGGGUUUGAUGCCCAAGAAAAUAAGCUUUCGCAGCUUCCGGUGACCGAAAAUCAUGGUGGAGACCGGUUGUCCAGUUUUGGAAAGCUCAUGCUCACUUCCGAGGAGCAAGAUGCCUUAGCAGCAGAAAACUCAGCUUCGGAAUCGGAAGAAGAAAGCUUGUUCCCUUGUGUGGCCUCUAUCUUCCCAAGCCCUCCAGAGGUGCCCUUCUCUCUACAAUCCGCACUCGCCGCCUCAGAGCAAGCGCAGCUUGCCGCCGCACACGUCUCUCAUGCGUUGGCCAUCACUGGUCGUCAUGAACGUGCUCCUGCAGUGAGAAAAGCUGCCUUUCUGGCCCUUUCAGCUCUUGUGCGCUCCAUGCCUGAAGAUCUUCUUGCUGCAUUUCUUCCUGGAUUAGUCUCAAACAUGGCGAGAGUACUCCAAAAUUCUGCGUUAGACCAAGCCCCGAUAUUAGUCGCCGCUUUGGACACUCUGGUUUCUAUCGUAUACGGCGUCUUUCCACCGAAAGAGAUUACACAUGCAGCCGUAAACGGCCAUGAGAGGUCUUUUGCAGAAGCACUAGAGGAGCACCGCAUCCGUGAAUCCCCUACAGGAAGCGCGCGAGAGGGUGCCACAGGGAUGGCUGGCGUUGCUGACACGCCACAUGUGGAGAAAUCCUCGCGAACUAGUCUUUUGAUUGCACGGAAUGCUUCGUGGUCAGCCGCCGCUUCAAGGGAAGUUUCGCUACGUCUACGCCUUUUCCUGGAGUCGCAAACUGGGCCGUCUUGCCAUAACAGCGUGCGUGCCCGUUUGGCCGUUGCCCGUUUUGUCCGUAUAUCUUUGAUGGAUACGUCAUCGCUUUCAGUUGAUCAGAGAACUCGCUGCUUGUUGAUAUUUGCUCUUGUAGAACUCGCUGGAGAUGAAUAUCCCAUCAUUAAAAAUGAGGCCUUGCGAGCUUUCAAGAAGCUUGUCAAGGUUGGUGAGGUCAGACUGCGAGAAAUCGAAACUUGCUUCAAGGCAGUACUAACCUGUGUUAACCGCCAAGAUGCUUUUGUCAUAGUCGGCAAGGCUAGGGAAAGCGAUGAAGUGAUCUUGGGCAACGACGGAUCCGCAUCAAAGAAUAUCGCAGAAUGUACGAUUGCCUGUUUGCUGAAGAGGAAGGAUGAGACCUUUCGGGUCAAAGUUUGCAAGGGCUUUCUGCGCAUCUUUCUCCCCUCGCAUGAUAUACAAUCUGAGAGAGCAAGUUUUAUUGUGACACCGUCAGAUUUUGCAUUUUCCCUUGUUCGAGUUGGAAUAAGCGGUUUCUGUGAAAUGUUGAUGUCCACACAUCAGGUUCUCUGGAACGAAAGUGGUGACCCAGAGGAUCAACAAUUUUUGAAGCUCAGCAAUGUUGUCCUAGAGACAAGUUCUCAAAUUGGGAGAGCUGGUUUGCUCUCAUCAAUUUUCACCACUCUCUUGUCUCAUGGGUCCAAGAACGAGGAUGGGGAAGAGGAUCCCGGUUCCGGUGAGUCGGCAAGAAGAACGGACUCGUUUCACUUUGGGUCUGCAUUCAAGUCUAGAGCGCACGCAGUCCUGAUCCUUCAAGCAGCUGUCCGAGGUGCAAUUGCGAGGAAAGAGAUACCGACAAACGAAAUGAAAGAGCACGUUAACCAUGUCAUGCAAUGCGCAAGAGAUGUUUUGGGUACCAUGACUUGUUUUUUUCUUCCGGCUUUUGAGCACGAUGUUUCUGAUGGGCUUACUUCAGUCGAUGAUACAAUGAUUAGCUUGAAGCAUUGCAUUUUGCACUGCAUGUCGGCGUUGAUUCAAGACAUGUCAGAUAUGUACGAGCGACAGCUGUCGAAACCACUCUCUUCUGACGUCGUCCUACUUGUGCUAAUCAGUCUGCUGAAAGACGUUUCUCACGGGGAGAAGGGCAUUCACAACGCCGCCCAUACGACAUUGGACAAGAUAGGGAAGACGGUUAGAUGCUCCAACGCCAGAGCUCUACUGGGUCGGCAUUUGAACUACUUGAUAUCUCGCGUUGGGAGGCAUCUCGAGGAGCGAUGGGCCAUUGAUGUCCUUACCUUUAUCAUUGGGACAAGAGGGGAUGCCGUCAGUGAAGAAGCCAUUCUCUUGCUCGAUAGCACGCUCCGUGAUUUAAACAAUAAUCUGGCUGGUGCAGGGAACUCUCGAGCACUCAAAUCAUUAGGGGCAAUCGAAAGUGUUCUGGCGACGGCUGUUCGCCAAAGCCGCACCACUACAUCUCAGAAUAAGGGAACGGAGCCACCGGCUAUGUAUAGCAGCGGUAAGAAAGAAUCUAAUUCCGAAUUGCACAUAGCAAUGUUGCGCAAGAAGCUCCUCUACUAUUGUACAGAUGACAUGGCUUACUACCACGAUUUAUCAGCGAAAGAGCAGACGGAAGCGGAAAUGGAAGAAAAGCUGAAUGAAGACAACUUCGUGCGAAACGCGUUUGAGCAGGUCGCGCUGAACACUCUGGAUGGGAUGCGGGAUUUGCUCGUUGGUCGUCCGUGGAACGUUCGAGCUGCUGCGCUUGGUUGUGCAACCUGGGCUGUUUAUUUGCUAGAAGACAAUCAAACGGAACUGUUACCGCAUGCGGCCACAAUCUUGCCGUUAAUUCCGGAUCAAUUCGCAGUUCUCCAGGGAAAACUUUCCAAGCGAGAAGGUUUACUGCAACGUAUGAAUCAAAGAAGGCUUCGAGGGCGAGAAAACGCCGAGCAAGUUGACGAGCUAGUCAAAUACUUGAACGGAAAGGGAACUGAGCUUCCUGUCGUUAUCAAAGCUUGUACCCUGCUUUCUGCUCUCGCGCAAUGUGCAGGAGGGUUCAUUCGGAACAGAUUUGUGAAACUGAUUUACCCGAAAAUGAGACCACUUUUGCGUCUGGCGUCAUUCUUUCCAACCCUGCUUAUGUCCGCAACCAUGAAUUCCAGUGGAAACCCAAUUCCCCCUCCUAGUUACGGGGCUAUGUCUGCGUCCGAUGCAUGUCUGGAAGCAAUUUCCUCUAUGGCGAAUGUGCUACCAGAAUCUCUAGCUCCUCACGCUUCCAGCAUUGUGAAAUAUCUGGCGGUGUAUUUCGACUCGCGCAAUGACCCACGCUUAAAUGACAAAAGGAAUGAAAGACACUUGAAUAGAUCCAUGAUAAGACAUGAAAGAGAGCGAUGGGAAAAACGUGCCCAAUGGGCCGAGUCAAUAGUUCUUAGGUUAAAAGAAGUGAAUGCUGGGGACGUUUUGACCGGCCUACUCUGCAGUGACAAGUCGACGCCAACAACUGUGCAGUGUCGAAAGGCCUCCCUACAUAGUACGCAAGUACGAAGCAAUCGUUCUGUCAUGCCAUGA